UGCGCAUGCUCAGGUAAACAUCCGCCAUUAUUAAGGAAAUCUUGCAGACGAGAUGUGAUAUUUAAUAAGCGAAUUUAGUCAUAUUAAGCCUAAUGUCGUCGGCAUUGGCUAAGUUCAGGAAAUCCAAUAAAGAUGGGGACCUCAAAAAAGCCGCCCAGAAGGUUGUCGACCCGAAGAAAGACACACUGACUCGACUGAAACACCUUCGGACAGUUCUUGACAACUAUGAACCAGUCGAAGCCAAGAAAUUCUUUGAGGAGUCAUAUUCCCACAUCUACUACAUCUUUUUUGAUAACUUUGUCUCGGUCGAGUCAGAUCUGAAGCAAAGAGCAAAUAAAUCCCACCGUGAAGAGCUGGACCACAUUCUUCAAAUAUUUGAGAAAAUUCUUUUGCUGUUGCCUGAGCUUGUGCACAAGAGAUGGAUGUUUCACAGUAUUGGACGGAUCAUGAAGAAACUGCUACACCCUGGAAAUGGACUGAGGUUGCGUCGAGAAGGUAUGCGGCUAUUCCUGGUGUGGUACCAGAUCCUGCAGGACAAUGCGAGUGAUGAAUGUCACCAGAUCUUCCUUCAGCUGGUCCCAGGCAUGGGUGAGGGCACACACCAGGAUAUACUGUACGGACGCAAUGCUGCAACACCUGACAUACAUGCAUCUAGCCCCAAUGUGCCAAGCUAUGGAGGGAUAAUUGCAGCAGGGGAAAUAACGCCAAUUCUAGCAGUGCCUGGAGAGAAACAGCCAGACAACAUCACAAAAUUCUUCUUUGAGGCCUUCCUGCAGUUUAUAGUCUCAGAGGUGAUAAAGGUAGAGUGGAUGAACAAGGAAAUGCGUGAGGUCUGCUUCAUGUUUCUCUUCAACAAGUUCAAGCAGUCCUUCCUUAAGUGGCUCCUCCCAGAUUUCGACAAAACCAGGACAAUCUAUGAUCCAGACCUUGACUUGCCUAGAAUGCGGACAUCAGCUGACACUGCAAAUACAGACGAGCCAGAGAAUGUGUCGGAGUGCAGAGAUAUCUUCAUUCGUUGGCUUACCACAUUCACCAUUUCAACCAAGAAACUUGAAUCAGAUACUAAUAGGGGUUUCAACAUGUCGAGUUCAGCGCUGACAGACCCAGAUGAAGACACGGGCAGGCGGGACAAGACAGAUGGGGUAGAGGGGGAGGACGUACCGACCCCCGGCAGUAACACCAGCACCCUCUCCUCCAGCUCACAGAUCACAGAGAAAGACUCGCCCAAUACCAGCUUCUCCCAUGAGGAACACAGCAUGUCUGAGUACGAGAUUGUCAGGAAUGUCAUGUACUCCACCAGGGAGAAUAUCAACAUUGUGCAUGAGAUCUUCAGACAGGCAUUGCUUUUUUCAUUCAAACAUGGAGGGGCAAUACGACGUGUGAUAGCUGUGUAUAAGGAUUGGUUCCAGACAGAGGGUGAUCUGAGGCCUGUGUUUAUGCUGGAGCCCAGUGAGAGCCCCUUGGCCCUGGGCUUACCCCCUGACCUUUCACAAAGCCUCUCUGAUAUCCUGGAGGAGGACGGUUCCACUGACUCCCUCGACUCUGCCCAACCAGCCAAUCCUCUGCAACUGUCACGGGACUCUGGUGACCUGAAGACGUGGCUGCGCAAUGCCUCUUACCUAGGGGCCGUACAAGACCUGGCUGAUGGAGGGGAACUGGAUGUCCGUGCAGGCCAGCAGAAACUCAUACAGAUAUGCAUUACCAAUGCUGCCAAUAUCUUCCUGCUCAAGGCGGAUUCUGACAGUGCUCUUACCGAACAGGUUGAUAUAUGCAAGAGAGUGGUGAACAUCUACCGGCAAAUGGUCACAAAAAUCACCAUGGAUCAGAAAACAUGGGAACAGAUAUUGAGAGUGCUGCUGUGUAUUACCAAGGCAGUACAGGGUGAUCAGCCCACAGAGAACAGGGUCAGAGGUCUUGGAGGAAAACUGGCACAGCCCAUCUUCCAGACUCUGAUAGUGACGUGGAUCAAAGGGAACCUGAACGUGUCCAUCAGCCCGCACCUCUGGGACCAGUUUCUUCAGGUCCUCUCCGCUCUCACAUCAUGGCCUGAACUCAUCAAGGAAUGGGCUAAAACGAUGGAGACCCUGACUCGUGUGCUGGCAAAGCAGGUGUACAACCUGGACCUGCUCAACCUUCCCCUUGAAAGACUCAGUGAGCAGAAGGAGAAGAGGCGGCGGGCUGGCAAAACCUCCAACGAAGGCGGUUCACGAACAAAGAUGGAUGAGCACAGUUUCUCACGGGCAUGGAGCAAAAGUGAGAGUGUAGAGAGGCCCCCCAGUGGCAGUGCUUCCCAACCCCUGGCAUUUGAGAGGUCCCACGGCAAAUACAAGAGUGACGGAGCUUCAGGUAAUCGUCCUCGUCCCGAGUUAGGGGGCAAGCAGAGGUCCCUGAGUGGCACCCCAUCCCCAUGUCACUCUCGGUCAGCCUCGGCAUCUUCUGACCUUGGUACAAUGGUGCGCAGCAGCAGCGAGGGAAACCUGGCAGACCCCAAGGAGCUAGCUGAUAGGCUCAAACAAGGAAUAAUGUCCAGGAGUCUAGCAAGCACAGGGAGUAAGUCUAACUCUGCACGGAGUCUUGCCACUGCCCUGUUGUCGGUAGUGGUACCAGAUAUGAGCAAAGCCAGCGGGGCAGAAACUCGAGAGGACCAGGAGUUAGCUCAGGUGGCCUCCCCUGCUGAGACCCCGAGUAGUGAGUCGACUAGCGCUGUCCACGAUGCCAUGGACAUCAGUGGGGCCAGUAGUGUCGCGUCCGAGCGGUCAGAGACAGACACUGUCACCAGACGGUCACGGUCCCCAUCUCCAACAUCUGCCCAUUACCGUUCUGGUACUCGUACCCCGUCCCCAACCCCCAGUAGUGAGCUGGGUGUUGACCUGCCCUGCCAACACAAGGACAGUCCCACCCCAGACCGGGACAGUCUACAUAUAGAGAUGGUGGCCGGCAAUGAACAGCAGAACAGAGGCUCCCUUGAAGAGUUCAAGUCAGUAUUGGCGGGUGGCACGUGCCAGGGUUGGCUGCCAGAUGUGUCAGUGAUCCUGUGGCGACGAAUGCUGGGAGCUCUUGGAGACGUCAACAAGAUAGAUGACCCGGCCAUCCAUGCCUCCGUCUUUGAACACCUCUGUUACCUACAGGAAACUCUUAGCAGGAUGCGGGACAACAUGGGAGUGACAGUGGACAAUCAGUCAUCACCGACACCUCCAGAGCUCAUACCCCCACAGACUAUCUUCUCAUCAUGGUUGUUUGAGUGCCUUACCCUGAGUAACAAGUACAAGCGUGGGAAGCUGUUAGCAUACCAGUUGUUAUGCCAGAUGAUGAUCCGACCCCCAGACCUGACCCUCUCCCCGGACCUCUUAGCUCAUUUCUAUCAUGUCCUACACCAGGGCCUCAACCAGCAGGAUCAGGAUGUUCGUAAUGUGCUGGUGCAGUACACUGGGCCUCGCCUGUUCUACACUCCCCUGCCUGGAAACACCAUGCUUAUACUGGACAUGGUCACCGCCAUAGAGUCAAUCAUCAUCAGUGCAGAGGUCAGGGGGACCCCUCGACUUGAGGCGAUAUCUAUACUGGGCUGCCUGGUCUGCUUCCCCAACCACUACAAGGACAUACCACUCAUGCAUAAUGACCUGGAGAGGGUCACUGUCAAAUCAGAUGUUAUCAAGGACCAUGUGUUACGAUUGCUUCUCAAGGCUGGGAAGAGAGAGCCAGCUGGACUGGCAAGGUGUAUUGCAGUAAGCAGCCUGGGAAUAUUUCUGUAUGAGGAGAUUACACAUGGAACACUGCACUCCAAGUUCGUUGAGUCUGUCAAUGUUCUCCUGGCUUCACUUGGGUGUAAGGACAGGCAUGUGGCUAAGACAGCCUCAGAUAUGCUGUCUCUUUUGUCGGACCAUGUGGACAAGUUCCUGGACUUCCAUCCUGACCUGCCAAAGAGGAUUGUCAAUGUGAUGUGCAACACAGUAUGUCUACUUGUGCCUGCAGCUGGCCAGGUUCAGUCUGAGGAAGAGAGGAGGCUGGUGGUGUCCAUGAUCCACUGUGUCGGAGACUGGUGCCUCAAGAUACCUAUAAACUCCCUGUUAGAGACUUCUGAGUUUGACAAGGGCUGUCUUCACACAGUGUUUGAGAUGUUGAAUGUGACAGUGACGGGUCACACAUCCACCUCCAUUGAGACUGCAGGAAGAUGUGUGGGUGAGCUGUGGACUGACCAGGAGUAUGAAAACCUUCGCAAGAUUCCCGCGUCCAGCCCCAACCAUCUGCAUGGCUCAGACUCAACUGGGAGUCUCUCGAGUCAGGCUAAACACUCACCAGAGGAUAGCAAAUCCCCGGCCGAGUCCGACCCUGUUAAGCUGGCUGGUAGACUGAUGAUGAACCACAUAGUUAACCAUUUGUGCCAUUUCCCGAUGGGUAACGGGGCAUCAUGUCUCACCAGCUCUGUGUCAGAGUUUCAUGAUGUACCAGAUCUGCACGUAGAUGACUUAAAGGGGGAAAUAUUUUCUGCGCCCAACGUUCAAUUCUUUGUGUUAAACCAAAGAACCCUGGUAUCUUUCAUAGAACUGCCAGCAUUGCUGGACCUACCUGGAGGAGGAGUGACUGCGGGGCUAACCACUGCCCACACUGUCUGUAGGGUGGUACUGCGAGACCUCACUGGCAAGUACUGCUGGGAGAGCUCUGUCCUGUAUGGCCCUCCAUGGUGCCCCAAAGGAUCAUACUUUGAGAAUGCCCGUACGCUGCAUGGCCUCAGUAUGGGAGGGGACACAGAGCCCCUGGUGGGCCCCGAAGAGAAGGAGGUGGUUACCAUGGUUUCACAGAGGCCCCGCACUGUGUCUGACCUGCCUACUUUUGAAAACACACACACUGAUCAUGAUAACCUGUUUGAUUUGCUGGGCUACAUUGGGCACACAAGCCCGGAGUGCCUACUCAUCCCAGGUGUUCCCCUGAACAUUGAGGCACCCAUACCAGAGGACCUGAAUGAGCAUGCUGAGAUCCUGAUGAGAGGCAUGGUCCUCGAACAACAAGAAGCGGAACUUGACUACUUUAACAAACACAAGAACGAUGCCAGACGCAUGGAUGAUGAACUCAUGCUUGCACGUCCCCAGAUGCCUACAGAGAUCCAGGACCCGAGCUCCCCGUUCCAGAUGUGUCGCAUGCUCAUAGACCAGAUGGGCUUCCUCUCCUGGGACAACAGGUGCCAGUUCGAUUUAUUGAAGAAGACUGAUAAACUGUUGAGGGAAAUCAAAAACAUGGAUGCACAGAAAUGUCGAGAGACCCACAAGUUUGCAGUGAUAUAUGUGGCUGAGGGUCAGGAAGACAAGAACUCGAUCCUGUCCAACCCAGGAAGCAGCGCUGCCUUCGAGCACUUUGUGGCCGGACUAGGCUGGGAGGUUGACUUGGAGAUGCACAAGGGUUUCCUUGGAGGUCUACAGCAGAACAAGACAACUGGAGACACAGCCCCAUACUUUGCAACGCCCACCCUUGAGAUAGUCUACCAUGUGUCCACCAGAAUACCUGAGGGCAGUGAGGAGUCCAGGCAUAUCAAGAUGCGUCACCUUGGAAAUGAUGAGGUUCACAUUGUGUGGUCAGAACAUACCCGGGACUACAGACGGGGCAUCAUACCCACAGAGUUUGGAGAUGUACUCAUCAUCAUCUACCCCCUUCCAUGUGGCCUCUACCGCAUACACAUUGAUAGAAAACCAGAAAUACCACUAUUUGGACCACUGUUCAAUGGUGCAAUAGUGGAUCACAAAGUUCUACCUGGCCUUGUGAGGGCCACCGCCAUCAACGCCAGUCGAGUCAUACGGGCUCAGAAACCAUUCUACCACUCAUAUUUUGAGGAGCGGUCUCGCUGCUUUGAUUCAGUCAUGCGGAACCACGUGGACAAAACCAUCUUUGAGAACUUUGCAGCCGAUGUGUUUGCUCCAGUUCUACCUCCUAACUCCACCAUUGUGGAAUCUCCAUCUGACUCCUCCCUUGCCUUGCCAACAUCACUGUCUCAGAACGAGAUUAGUCAGAACAACAACAACAGCAAAGCGAAUACCAUAGAGACCCAGGUCUCCCCAACACCCUCGAGACAGAGCAGGGGGAGUUUAGACCCUGGCGAGAAGAGUGGUCAUGAGUCUUCCUUCAUGCGACAUGCACGCCGUUUGUCUCAGAGAAGACGGAAGAACUCAGCCGGCAGAAUCACUCAUCCGACCUCCCCACCCUCCAGUCCCAAGUCAUCCAGCCCCAAGCUCUCCUGACACCGGCUCAAAUCUAGAAACUUAAUAUGAUAUUGUUUUAAUUUAAACAGUCUAAUUAUUACUUCAUAUUACCCUACAGGCCUUUUUAUUUUAUUUUAUUUGAUAGCACUCACUAGCUGUAUGCAUUAUUUUCAAUGAAACUAUUAUACUAGCAUUAACUUUAUUUAGUAUCUUUACUCAAAACACUCGGGGAUGGAAGCAGUUUGUCUCUCACCAUUAGUUUAUAUCAUUCCCAUUUAUGAUGUGGUAUGGCAUAAUAUAGUUCUCUUGGGUGCCGUCAUCAAAACUUGGUCUGAAUUUUGAACAUAUUGGGAUGUUAUCUGAAUUAAGUGCUGAACAAAGCAUUUCUAUUGAUGGAAAUAUAUUACUUUUAAUUAGCAUCAUAUUUUGUUGUUAAAAAUGGCAUCUUUAUAUAUACGUUUUCAGUGCAUCAAUCUAUUUAUGUUAAAAACAGUAUUAAAGAAUCAGUUUCCUUUGUUAUAGAGAAACAUGUUACAUGUUUAUGUGUGAACAUUUUGAAGACAGUGUUUUGUGAUCAGUGCCAUUGGAUCAUGCUAUUUAUGAAGCCUUAAUGCAUUUCAGUAUUCAUACAUGUAUUAGGUAUCAUCUUUUGCAGAAUAAAUUGAAUUCAUUAAUUUAGAUUAAAUGUUGCCCUUUUUGAUAUUCAGAAAUAAUGAUGAGGUGAUUGUAGACAUUUUGCUAUGGCUUAGUGCUAACGGUUGUAGCUCAAUAUGAAUGUAGAAGGAUAACUGUCUUGCAUGAAGCACUUGAUUGAUAUACAUGUAGAAACAAUGCAUCAGUGCUAAACUGAAAUAAACAGGAAAAUAUCCACAUUAAAAAAAGAUGAUAAAAGUACCAAAAUAUAUGCCCAACAUAUACCAGUAAUGAAGUGUGCCAUUUAAAGAAUAAGAAUUGGAUUGUCAUUUCAUUUGUACAUACUGUUAUCACAUUUUCUUAUCAUUUCUUGCAUACAUAUAUAUUUUACUGGAAUGUGCAAUAUUUACUAUUUAUAUUUAUUCAUUAACUGUGUUCACAUGUCUUAUGUUGAGGAUUCCUGGAAAUUAAAGGGAGGCUACUUUGUAUGAGUGGAGUUCCUUUUGAUACUGAACUAAAUUUGGCUUACUCUAAGUUAAUUUUUCAACCUGUUAAUCUUGUCACAACAACAAUACAAUAGAAACAUGAUUAACUUAGAUAUUGCGAUUUUCACAAGGACUGGGGAUGGAAUUGCCAUACAUACAAUGCUGUAAUUAAAUGUCUCCCAUGCUUGCAAAGAUACAUUGGUUAAAUUGUACAUGUUUUAACCAAGCACCUAUACACACCCUAUGCAUGUGCAGUUAUACAGAAUGCAACCAGUCAAUAUCAUGAACAAAAUAUGAACAACAUAUGUAGACAUUUUGUGAAUCAUAUCAAUCCAUUUAACUAUGUCUGAUACAUGUGUUGAAAGGUUUAUAGUUUAAAAAUAGUUUUAAUUUGCAAGCAUAAUUGAGUGUGCUCAUUCUUUGCAAGAGAGCUUAUUAGCUACUGUUCAUACUCGAGUUACCUUAUAUAAGACAAACACAAAAUCAUACAAUCAAAAUAUCGGUCAAUCUUGCUUACUUAGCAUAUUGAUUUUUCAGAUUAUUUUUAAAAAAAUGCUGAAUUUGUUUUUUUUUCUUGAUGUUUUUUAAUCAAUAAACUUAUUAAUUUCUGAGUUAUAUAUGCAAAUAUCUGUACUUUAAUCAAAUGUUAAUCGCAAUUUGCUCUAUAUAUGCUACGGACACAGAUUUUAGUCAUAACUAAAUAAAAUGUGA